GGGUAAGGGGCUCGCCUUGCCGUGCAGGGAGCAGUUAUUAGGGCUCCUCGAACCGGUUUGGGACUGAGAGAGGGUUUGGGACAUCCAGAGGAGGAUGAAUGUGGGCUCGAGAAGCUGGAGGAGGGGGACACCGUGCAAAAUGAUGAAGAGUGGAGAUGCAUCUGUUACCACAGUGGAGCAUCUGCCUCCAUCCCACAUGUGCCACAAAGCAUGCCAUGGCCUGCGAGUGCCCCACCAAGUUGCUCUCUCCUCCUGCAAAGCCAGACCCCACCUGGCAAGCACACAGUGCCAAGCUCACAGCUCCCCGAAGAGGACGAUGGCCCAGCCUGCAAGCACACACUGAGCAGCUGCCUCUGAUCCCUCCGCCAAGCAGAAGGGAGCCUUUGACAGUCUGAGGGGCUGGCAGGCUGGGAGCCUCAGGCAUGGCCCAGCCUUGCCCCCAGCUCACCUGCAAGAUGUGGACAGCCCUCGUGUUGGUUUCGAUUUCCUCCUUGUUCUUAUCUGGAAGUUUAGUGGCAUCCCGUGAGCCAUGGACUUUGGCAGCCAUCUUCAACUCUACUGAAGUCAAAAUGGAGACAACGAACAGGACAAAUGUGAGCGCUCCAUCAACCACGAGACACACAGCUGAUGGUGUGACUUCCUCAGCUCCUGCACCACCCACACCACCUUUCCCCACGUCACCUGUCCCCACGUCUUCCUGGCAGACCCAGUCCAUGAGUACUCUUGGGCUUCCAUUCCUCAGCACAUCUCAUGCACAAGUGCCGAGUACAAACGCCAGCAUGUCGCCAAGAACAGCAACAGCGGCAACAGGGGCCACACGUUCAGUGACUGCCACAAAUACAAGCAGUGUCACAAGCACUCUCGGUCCUGCCGUGUCCACGGCCAUUACCUCUACUGCAAGCCCCACUCCGCACACGGGUCCCCAAGCACAAAGUCCCGCUAUCCCGGUGUCAACAAACCAGCCAGUGCUUAACACAGCAAGUAGAUCCACACCCAGCCCCUCAAAUACCACCCUAGAGUCCACCACCACCCCCUCUGUGGCCUCAGUGUCCUCAGCGGUGGUGACCACCACCCAGGCACAAACCAAGGAACCAGCUGCCAGCACAGCAUCAGCACCUCACACCAGCCCAGCCCCUGAGGCAGAGGCCACAUCUCCCACGACACAGCCAAGUCCUGUGUCAUCUACCCAGGUGACUGGGAGGCCAGUCACGCCUCAGACACCAGAGCAGAUGGAGACCAAAGCCACACCUGGCACUGCCUCCACUGGGCCAACGCAUUUGAGCUCAGGGGACCCUAAGACACCAGCCACAGACUCGUGCCAGCUUAGUACCCAAGGCCCAUACCUGGUGGUCACCACCAAGCCCCUGACCCCACCCUUGGUGAACAAAACAUUCCUCCUGGCGGUGCUCGUUCUCGGAGUGACCCUCUUCAUCACAGUCUUGGUGUUGUUUGGCCUCCAAGCCUAUGAGAGCUACAAGAAGAAGGACUACACGCAGGUAGACUAUCUGAUCAAUGGCAUGUAUGCAGACUCAGAGCUGUGAAGCCCAUGCAGCCUCUUCCUCGGCCUUCCCCUCCACCGCUGAGGACGAGCCAAGUGCUUCUGGAUCCUUCGGUGCCGUUCCUGAGGUCUGCUGGAUGCUUAGAUGCAUUCAUUCGCCGCCAGGUUAAUCCCACGGUCACGAAAGAGCUGCUGCUUUUUUCAUAUUUAUUUUUGUAAAUGAUCAUGCGCAUAGGAGCAGCCGGUGGUUCUGCCAAGGGGUGCGGUGCUGUGGGGUGGGCUGUGCAGGGCCCCUGGCCCACUUGGCCCCUGGUGUUGGAUCCUGACCAGAAUUAAAGCAAUGG